AUGAAGCUGGCUGAUCUCGAAGGAACCGUGACAAGCUAUUAUACGAUGAUCUACCUGUCGCCUCGUGAUGCACAAGAGGUGACGACGGAGGCGAACAAGACCAAUGCCCAGUUCAGCUUUACAGAUGAGGUUGCCGGCUCUCGAUUCAACGGCUCAUCGGGCAGCUUCAUAACCAUUGGCCAUGGAGCGUUUGAUGCCUCUUCCUUCCGCGUCUCAGGAAAUUUCAAGAUCGUUGACGGCUCUCAAACCGGUGACCUCGCCACUCUGUUUGGCAAGGGUAGUUACGGCAGGUUUGCGACCGAUCCAAACAACCCGCAUGGACUUUUCUCCGAGCUCGUCAUGCUUUUCCAAAAACUCGUCACCAAGCUGCGUAACCCUUACGUGGUUGCACUCAGCCUGGGCCUUACCAGCAACUCUUUCUUCUUCCACAGCAACCUCGGGGCUAGCAUCUUUGGAAUUCAACCAUCACUCAAGGGCAAUGUAGACUCCGUGACCGCUCUCAAGCUGAAUUCAUGGCCCAGUUCGCGAUUACCGCUUAUCAUGGCCAGUCUGACAAUGGUAUCAAUCGGUCCAUAUACGAUGUUCUCGAUGAUGCCGAUCAACAACGCGGUUCGCGAAGCGCUUCACUCCGAAGCCCAUUCUCGACCUCCUCAAGACAAUUGGGACUUGGUUGCACAAUGGUCGUCCCGUCACUCUGUUCGCACCAUGCUUGGUGGUAUCAGUCUCGCUAUCGGUACAUUUGUUGCAGUAGCAUUGUGA